CGGGGAACUCUCUGAAAUAUUCUUCCUUUGCUCUCGUCUCUCUGAAAAUUUUCGUGAAUUUCGUCGUUCCUUUACGCGUUUGGUUAUCGAGAUGGCGACUACACAAGUCAAAGAAGGAGAAUAUACGACUACAAUUUACGGAAUGGUAAGCUUUUUAGUGUGAUCUUACCGUGUUUAGAUCUGAUUCGGGGGUUUGAUAUUUUGUUGACAUCGGUUGCUCGGGAACAACGUGAAAUUUGUGAGAGAUAAAAUUGGGUUCACAGCUGCUCAACUUAAAGUAUUUUACAGAUUAUAUCUUCUAAUGACUUUCAAACGUCCAUUACUUAGUUAGUGUAGGUUUUUAUCCAAUCAUAAUGCUGUAUUUUGGCUCUCAGAGCCUGUGUCUUAGUGUAUGACCGUAUACAGUUAUCCCUCCUACGCUAACCGGGGGAAGAAUGCUACAUUGGGACAUCUCAUUUUAAACCUGCAUUUCCCAUAUGGAAGGCAUUUUUUGUAAGGUAUGAAUGUUAUGGAUGGACCCUGUUGGCUCAAAAUGUAGGGAGUUUGAAUUGCCAUGCAUUACCUUGAGGUAUAUGUAGUGCCAUCUUCCUACUAAAUUUUGUGUUAUCCUUAUUGCUGGUUUGCAUGUGACGUCACGGCGGCCAUGUUGGUUGUGUGUUGAUGGUCAGAACAAAAGCAUUUCUUUCCUCUAUUGUAAUAUAUAUCUCCACUGUAUUUCUAUUGUAUUGAUCGACCACCAACAAACCACCAACAUGGCCGCCUUGUCACGGGGUUGCAAGCCAAGAAUCUGGGUGCUGUCAAAAUUUCUGAUUACAUGUAAUUCAUAUGUUAGAGAUGAAUGAAUCUGACUUGGGAAAAAAUGGACUGUCUAAAUCCUGACUUCCAGAGGAAGCUAACAAAAAAAGGGCUUGUGAGAAUCAUGCCUUCUAAGUGAGGAGGGUGGAUUGGUUAUUGUUAAUUUCUCAGUAGGACUCUUAAAUCUUGUUUCCCUGUAUUCUGUAAACCUGUUAUACACUAGACAGCAAAAUAAUUCCAACCCUAGUGCAUCUUCCAUUCCCAUUCUAGGUUGGGUAAAUGUUUUUAUAAAGCUAUUCAUAAAAUUAUUUUGCUCCACUAUAUUGUAGAUAAAGAAUCAAAAGUUUCAUGAAGCAAUCCAAAUCCUCUCGCAGGAGCUAGAGAAUCACCCUAAGGCAAGUUAACAUAAUGUACAGUGAUGGAUGGUAAUAUGGCCAAGUAUUGGACUUCAACUUUAUUUGAAUCAUAACUUAUAGAAGUGUCAACAGAAAAGUACAGUUUAAAUAGUUUUGUGUGGAUCACCAUAGUUUGCAAAAAGUUAGGAAGAAGACUUCUCUGUUACCUAGUUGAUACAUUUUACAAUGAACAACUGAAAGUUUUAACUCCAGUACUUUAUAGUAACUGAGAUUGUUUAUAGUACCUCCUUCACAAAGAAAUGAUAGAACCGUAUGAACCUUUUCUCCAGGGUUCUCCCCCACCCAUCUGUGAAGAACGAGAGUGAGAGAUGGAUGGCGAGGAGAGAACCCUGGGAACAAGAAAUAACCAAAAUAAAACUGAUAUUCAAUGACCUUUUUUUCUCUCAGUCAAGAGCAGCACUGUCCUUGUUAGGCUACUGCUACUUUCAAGUUCAAAGCUUUGAUGUAGCUGCUGACUGGUAAGUAUACAUGUUGUAGGCAUAAUAACUUCAAAGUUUAAACCAGUGUUCAGCAUUAUUAGGAUUAGCUAUUUGCUAGGGCUCUAAUCUUGGUAUCUUGGUGGGGGAGGACAAGGGGUGGGAGCCUAGGAGAAGAGGGAGUGGGAGGGAUACAGGAGGUGGAAGAGGAAAGCCCCCCCUCCCCCCCACUUUCCCCCCAUUGUAAGUUGAAGACUGGUUUAAACUGAGAAAUACCUACAACAUACACACUGCAUAGCCCACCUGCAGUUCAACUAAGCAUUUUUAGUUGGUCUUAUGCAUCUUACUGGGACUCUAAUAUAAUAAUAACAAACUCAGGACUUUAGCCAGGAAUUCUCUAAUUCUCUGUGUAGUUCUGGGGGCAAGUCUUCUCUCAUGAAAAAUUGAACCCUCUUGGGUGAAAGAUUUCUUACUAACUGUACCAAAAUCCCAAAUCUUUAUCAGCUCUUAGGGUAGCCGUUCUAAAACCAAGAUCUAACUUAAUUUGCCUCAUUUCUCCAAAAAUUUGGCUUUUGACUGUCUGGCUAAAACCUAGCUUAAUAUAUGCAUGUUGAAGGUCAAAAUUAAAUUCAUGUUAAAAUUUUUCAACCUCGGUUGAUCCUCAAUUUUCUAUGUCUGUCUUUUUAUUAUCUCACAAUUAUAGUUAUGGCCAGCUCACACAGAUUCAUCCUGAAGUAGAUGAGUACAAGUUAGCUUAUGCUCAGGUUUGUGAGACAAGGAAGGUUUAUAUGGUAAAUCUGUUUUUGCUCAUGACUGUAAGGUUUUUAUAGACCUGCACAGACACAUCCAUACACACACAAAAAAACUUUUGUGGUUAUUGAGUGGUUGAGAAAGAUAAGUCAAUGCACUUAAAUAAAAAUAUUGAGCUCGGUUUUGAGUUGUAAAAUGAUUUAAUUCCUGGAUAUCAGAUAUUGCAGUCAAGUUCUGAAAGAUCUUGCCUGUGCAAGUUCUUGAGGGAUCUUUUUUUAGUAAUUUACAACUUGUCUAAAAAUUAUUUUGAUGUCAGUGUUUUUAUUGUAAACCAUGCUUGCCUUGGACUGUACUGGCAUACUAUCAGACCUGGUCUUUUUUGUGUAGACUUAAGAGCAUUUUUUAAGUCACCAAGAGGCGCUAUUUUCCUAUAAAACUAUACUACUUGCCUUGUUAAGAAGUUCCACUUUAAGACAAAAGUCCUUUUACUACAGUACUGUUGUAAUGCAAUGUCAUUUUAUUUUCUUUACAGUCCUUGUAUAAAGCCUUCAUGUAUCCAGAAGCCAUGAAAGCAACAUUUCAGAUUGAAAAUCCUACCUACCAUUCCAAGGUGAGGCCUGCACUAUACCUUAGAAGUAUUAUCUCAUUUCUACUAACCUUGUCUGUUGUGUGAUUGUAAUUUAUUGUGUUGUGUAAUUCCAGAAAACAACCCUUUUCCCCCACAGAAGGGAUGGGGAAUUCCAAGAGGGAGGUCUCAAAGAGAGCGAGAGCGAGAGCGAGAGCGAGAGAGAAAGAGAAAGAAAAAUGUAUGAAGGAAAAUUGGAAUUUUCACAGGGGAGGUGGGGUCAUAGAGCAAACCCCUUUAUGGGAGGAGCUACACACUUUAUCUUGGUUUAGAGGUAGAGGACCCACAAGCAAGAGGAGAUACUUACUGACUUUCAAGUUUUUUAAGGACACUUCCUGGAGUUCUUGGAAUUUCUAUUUUGUUCAGUUAGGUUAAGUUUUAGAUUAACUUGUCUAGAAUGUUUCAUAAACAUUACAAUGGUAUUAUGGCUUCUUUUCUCACCAGGUGCUGAAACUUCAAGCUGCUAUAAAAUAUGGAGAGGAAGAUUUACAAGGAGCUAAGGUGAGUGUUUCUGUGACUAAUACGUGUACAUACUUUGUUUUUUGUCAUUGUUGGUGGUCCCUUACCUCACAAGAGUUCAAAGCCAGGGUUUAAUUUAUAGAAUUAACAAAGUUCAGAUGUACAUGUACAAUGCACACUCUGAUUGGUUGAAAAAGUGCGCUUUAUGAGAGUAUAAAAAUUAAUAUGCUGAUGACAGUCUUGUUCGCUUUGAAAAUAACGGUUGUUUUGAAAAUUAGAAAGUAAUACGUGGGGAAUUUAACAGAUUCUUCUCAGGUCAAAUUUAAUUUCAGGUUAAUUUUUUCAGGUUUAUUCUCAAUAAUUUCCUUUGUCUCCUAGGGUAAGGAGACACAGGGAAUUGAGAGUCAACCUAGGUUAAAUCAAAAUAACCUGAAAUAAAAUUUGACCUGAGACAUAUAAUUAUAUGGUUUCUUGUUCUUACUUGUCAUUAUACAAAAAAAGAAGGAAUGUAAAUUUAUUUCUAGCAUUAAAAGCAUUUUGCACUGUCUCUUCCAUAAGCAAAAUGAACUAAGAAUUUAGCAUAAAAGAUGUUUAUAGACAUUAUUAAACUGUAAUGACAGUGCAUCAUUGUGACAGUAUAUUCUCUGUGUUGCAAAUUUAGAGUAUGGUAGAACAAUGUCCUGCUGAUGAUGCAGACACAGAAAUCAAUCUGGGCUGUCUUCUGUACAAGGUAAGAAAUAACAUAAUUAUCAGCUGAGAAAAAUAUGUGUGAUAAUUAGUUACAUCUAGACACUGUUGCCACAAACUGUAAUAGUGAGUCUUAUCCUGGAGCAUGUCCCCCCAUAGAUGUUAUAUAAAUGAGCCACCUCUUAGACUUAAAAAAUACAUUUUAUUGUAAAUAACAAUAUGUUACAGGUGGGUAGCUCAAAAUAAUCUUGUUUUCAUCAUGCAGAAUUUGUUUUUUGUCCCCCCCCAGGUAACGCACCAACCAUUUUAUGUUCAAUUUAUUUAAGAAAAAAGAAUCAGUCACGGCUAUGUCCUAGCAGAGCCCGAUGUCCCCUGAUGCCCAACUUUUGCUCUUGGGUGACUAGUAAAUCCAUCUUUUUUUAUUCAAAUCAUAUGCUGGGCACCCUAGAUUUUACAGGCUCAGAGCACUGGGCUCCCCUCAAGUUUCCUUAAAGUGCCCCUUGUGUCAGUCACAUUUUUCCAACCAGUUCUCCCAAAUUGUGUCUAUACAAUGAUGGCUGAUGGAUCUAUUUGUCUUUAAUCUUUCAUUGUGUUCUCUCGCUCUUGUAUGGUUGUCAGUUACAUCUACAGGUGUACAGUAUGUGUAGCAGGUCUUAAAGAAUGAAUACUGUUUACAAUAGUGAUAAAAAAAUCACAUCAAAAUUUAUUUUUAAUAGGAGGGUAGAUAUGCUGAGGCUUGUCAAAAAUUCCAGACGGCUAUGAACAUUCUUGGAUAUCAACCAGGUAACUAUGUUUUAAAACUUGUCAGAGAGUAUAGUAACUGUGCAGCCUGUAGAUGUCGCUUUUGAGAUUUAUUACCAAGACUGACUUAUCCUGCCAUUAUCUAGUUUCCAUUUACAGUGGAACUUCUAUUCAGGAGACACCCUCCAGACUGAGGCAAGUUUCCCAUGAAUAGAAGUGUCCCCUGAAUGGAGGUUGGGCUGGGGUUUGUUAAUAAUCAACCAACAAAGACAACAUAAAAAAUAAUCUUCAGCUUUUCUCUGUGACAUAUGUUGAAUUCAUGCAAGUGCAGUACAUCGAUUUAAGUCAGUUAGUUCAGUAUGUGAAAGCUCCCUACUUAAAGAUAUCAAUUCCUUUUGUGAUCAGUUACUUUUUGAGUGCCAUGGUGUCCCCUGAAAGGAGGUGAAACCCAGGUUUCGGGACCUAGAAAAAUUGUCCCUUUCCCCUGAAUAGAGGUGCCCCUUCAAAAGAGGAAAUAAAAUACAUAGAUUAUGUGGGCUUUUUUCUGGGACCAAAUUAAUUUUUGUGUCCCCUGAAUGGAGACCUUGUCUCUUGAAUAAAGGUGUCCCAAAUGAGAGGUUCCACUGUAUGUUAUCUUUAAUCUUCUUCUUCACACCCUCUUAGCAUGUAAUUUUUCUUAACAUGUUAUUUGCACUUAUGUCUUGGAUUUAUCAUCCAUAUUUUUUUUCAGAUCUAUCAUACAACAUAGCAUUGUGUUUCUACAGCCUAAAACAGUAUGCACCUGCCCUAAAGCACAUAGCUGACAUAAUUGAAAGAGGAAUCAGAGAGCAUCCAGGUUAGUAAAUAUUAUAUUAAUAAUUAGAAUCAUGAUAGUAAUAAUUUAUUGAAGGGUUUCCUGCAAAAAGGGGGUAAUUUGCCUAUCAAUAUUCUCAUACAUGUAACAGCGGUUUCAGUAAAAGCUGGUUAUCAGUGGUCUACCACUGCCUAUAGGGCCUCUUACCUCUCUGUCUAUAAACAAUUUGAACUUACAAGUUGCUCCAAGCAAACUGUCAAUGUUGAAACAUUAGUUCCGAAUAACAGUGUUGCAAAGUGGCAUGCAAAAGGACAGCUUGUUUCACUGUAACAAAUGACGCACUAUUUUUCAUUAUUCUAGAACUCAGUGUUGGCAUGACAACAGAAGGUAUUGAAGUCAGAAGUGUUGGAAACACCAAGGUUAGUUGUACCUUUGGCUGGCUAAGAAAUAAAAAGAUUAAUUAGUAUAUAUUAACUUUAUAGUUCUUGUCUUGACCUGUCUCAAGUUUACUGACUUAGUUCCUAGCCGGUGUGGCAGACUAAGUAAAGUUCUAAACACUUGUCAAUUCUUAAACUACAACACCAGUUUAUUGUGAUGAUAACAAGUUCAGUUUAUAGAUGGGGGCUAUAUUUAUAUUUUUCAUUUCAGUUGCUUUCUUAUUAUUUGCAUCAUUGUUUGAGUCAAAAUUAAUUCACCCUAAUAAUAAUUUGGUUCAAAUUAGUGAUUUACUUCCUUUUUUAGGUUUUACAUGAAACAGCUUUAAUUGAAGCUUUUAACCUAAAGGCAGGGAUUGAAUACCAGCUCAAAAACUGUAAGUUGUUGUCAGUUGUGGCUGAAUACAUGCUUGAUUGAUUUGCAAACUUUGUAAGGGUGUUUAUACAUAUUGCUUUGUACCGGCGUGUCAUUUUUUUAUAGACUGAACUAAGUAUUAGUCUUGUCUUAUUUUUUGUUAAAUUUCAUCAGUAACUGAAUGUGCUUUUGAAUUUUAGUUGAUUCAGCACAAGAAGCACUGACUGAUAUGCCUCCAAGAACUGAAGAGGUAGCUUAACUCUAAUAUUAAUAAUAAUACUAAUAUUAAUUAUAUUAAUUAUUAGUUUAAUUUUCUACUCACUGUAUGUUUACUAAAAUAGUCACACCUUGAAGCACUGUGCAUGGAUUUCUUUUAGCACCGGUUAUAUUGUUUUUAACAUCAUAAUAAUAUAAUUAACACAAAUCUUUACUUUGCAAAUUUUGAGAAAGAUGUGAAUGUCUGCAAACAACAAUACACAACCUAAAAAUAUGUAUAGAGCGAUUUUCGUAUGACCUUGAAAUGAAAUUGUGCGAACAAAACAGAAACAACAAACGAAGGGAAAUAGAGCGAUUUGAUUGGUUUGUCGAACGGAUACAAACGCGCGUCGCUUUUGGUUGGUUAAGCGAAAGCUCGGCUGAAAAAACUUCAUGCCCGAAGUAACUUCUAUUCAGGAGACACCCUCCAGACUGAGGCAAGUUUCCCAUGAAUAGAAGUGUCCCCUGAAUGGAGGUUGGGCUGGGGUUUGUUAAUAAUCAACCAACAAAGACAACAUAAAAAAUAAUCUUCAGCUUUUCUCUGUGACAUAUGUUGAAUUCAUGCAAGUGCAGUACAUCGAUUUAAGUCAGUUAGUUCAGUAUGUGAAAGCUCCCUACUUAAAGAUAUCAAUUCCUUUUGUGAUCAGUUACUUUUUGAGUGCCAUGGUGUCCCCUGAAAGGAGGUGAAACCCAGGUUUCGGGACCUAGAAAAAUUGUCCCUUUCCCCUGAAUAGAGGUGCCCCUUCAAAAGAGGAAAUAAAAUACAUAGAUUAUGUGGGCUUUUUUCUGGGACCAAAUUAAUUUUUGUGUCCCCUGAAUGGAGACCUUGUCUCUUGAAUAAAGGUGUCCCAAAUGAGAGGUUCCACUGUAUGUUAUCUUUAAUCUUCUUCUUCACACCCUCUUAGCAUGUAAUUUUUCUUAACAUGUUAUUUGCACUUAUGUCUUGGAUUUAUCAUCCAUAUUUUUUUUCAGAUCUAUCAUACAACAUAGCAUUGUGUUUCUACAGCCUAAAACAGUAUGCACCUGCCCUAAAGCACAUAGCUGACAUAAUUGAAAGAGGAAUCAGAGAGCAUCCAGGUUAGUAAAUAUUAUAUUAAUAAUUAGAAUCAUGAUAGUAAUAAUUUAUUGAAGGGUUUCCUGCAAAAAGGGGGUAAUUUGCCUAUCAAUAUUCUCAUACAUGUAACAGCGGUUUCAGUAAAAGCUGGUUAUCAGUGGUCUACCACUGCCUAUAGGGCCUCUUACCUCUCUGUCUAUAAACAAUUUGAACUUACAAGUUGCUCCAAGCAAACUGUCAAUGUUGAAACAUUAGUUCCGAAUAACAGUGUUGCAAAGUGGCAUGCAAAAGGACAGCUUGUUUCACUGUAACAAAUGACGCACUAUUUUUCAUUAUUCUAGAACUCAGUGUUGGCAUGACAACAGAAGGUAUUGAAGUCAGAAGUGUUGGAAACACCAAGGUUAGUUGUACCUUUGGCUGGCUAAGAAAUAAAAAGAUUAAUUAGUAUAUAUUAACUUUAUAGUUCUUGUCUUGACCUGUCUUCUCCGUAUUAGGGUUCUCUUUGGCGGGAAAACGAAGAGUCCAUGUUUUGAUCUUUUCAUCGAUUGGCUAAUAAAACAAAUAACGAACACUUACCGAAACCAUUUUUCAAGGUCAUACGAAAAUUGCUCUAUCUAACAAAUGAUUUUAACUUUGUGAAAAAUUACAGGAGCUUGACCCAGUCACUUUACACAACCAAGCUGUUAUGAAUAUGGAGGCUAAUCCAACACAGGUGCAGUAUAUAUCUGAUUAGAAGUCUCUCUUCUGCACUGUCAUUUAAUUCUUCCUUCCUGGCUUCAGUUUUCCCAUGAUAAUAUUAUUUUUUAACUAAGAAUGUCUUUUUUCGCUUUGAAGGGAUUUGAAAAGCUUCAGUUCUUGUUACAGCAAAAUCCAUUCCCACCAGGUAAAAACAAAAACUGUAUUAUUUACUAUUAUUGUUAAUUCUCAUCCAAUCAGUCACAUGCAUAGACUAAGCCAAGUCAUUGUAACUGUUUCCAGAUGUCAUAGUGAAAGCAUAGUACAAGUGUUAGAACCAUAAUUUUAUUGUUGUGGACUAUAGAAUGUUCUAGCUGGAAACUGAUAAGCAAAUUAAUUUGCAGUUAAAUGUAUAAUUGGAAAUAUUCUAAUAAAUCAUGUAGCUUUGAUUGGUGCUUCUUAAUCCAGCUGUCUUAGCAUUUAUCGGACAGAUGCUGUACAUUUUAUGCAAAGAAGAGUAUAGUAUAUGAUAGCUGUCAGCAAUCAAGACAGACCUUGGGUUAUUCCUAAGUUUAUAAAAUGUCCAACUUCCAGUUCUGUUUUAUUUAACUCAAAUCUACGACACUUUUUGUUUUGUAGAAACAUUUGGAAAUCUCCUGCUGCUAUAUGUUAAAUACCAGGUACUGUAAGAUGCAAGUAAUAAAAUUACCCUCAAUGAAACAAAUUACUCAAUCACCUCCUUUAACAUCAGAAUUUAACUUUCAAAAUAAAAUGAAAAUGUGAAUGUCACAUACAUAAAUGUCAUAAUUGAAUUGAUGUGUUUUUUUUAAAUAGCUAGAUAGUAGCAGUGAUUAACUAAGAUAUUUGUACCUACAGCUAAUUGUUUGUUCAGAAUUAGACUGAGAGGUUGCAACAAAAGUGUUUUCCAGUAGUCAGGGGUCAGUAGAUUUCUCUGUCAAACUAGUGUAUUUACAUGUUACUCCUCAUAUUACUCCUCUUCAUUUUCUAGUAUUUUGAUCUGGCUGCAGAUGUGUUGGCGGAGAAUGCUCACCUGACUUAUAAAUUCCUCACACCAGUAAGUGAUUUAAUCCAAGAAUGCAAAUGUAACAGUCUUAAUUUAUAGCAAAUGUUCUCUUAGCUGCUCCAGCUAACAUACAGGAACCCCUUAGACAUGGUUAGGGACAGUGACUGGAAGAAGGCAAACAAGCUGGCUAUUAACAAACAUAGCUACAGCAGUAAACUCCAACUAUUGUCGACCUGUCAACAUGUUUUAAGUUACAGGGAAGGGAUUUUUAUUAAAGGUUUUCCACGAAGGGACCCACAAAGACAUUCAAAAGAUUUCUGACAUUAUCAGUUCCAGUACAUUUCCUUCUAAUAUUUUUAAUUGGAGAUUUCUUGUAAAGUACAAUCACUCACAUGAACUCCUCUUUUUUAUCUACCCAAGCCACGGCUUGAAAAAAGGAAACUUGAAUUCCAGCUUGUCCUUGUUCUUACAAAGGACAGCUCUCACAUUUUGCUCGCCUGACCUGUAUAUGGAGCUUGCGAAUAUGUCCAUAGUAGAUUUUGCAAGAAUCUGUAAUAUAAAAAUAUUAUUGUGUAAAUGUUGCCUGGGGCUAUUACUUGCUUGCCUUAGUUAACAGACCCUUUUUUUCUUCAGAGAUUGUUGAGUGCAUAAUUAUAUGAAAAUAAAAACCGCGGCAGAUUUAGUCACUCAGUGCUUGUGCUAGCAUGCUUGCUUUGCUCGUGGGCUGUCAAAUUUUCAAAAAAAAAAGAGAAAAGGAAAACGCCUGUGGAAAUGCUUCAUGUAAGUUAAUGCGCUAGUUACAAGUUGACUUUUCUGGGCUUUUGCCAACAUUAAAGGAACACAAACCUGUCCGUAGGGAAGAGUUAUAUAAUUAAACCACCUUCUUUGACUAUGUUGUGAUUUAAUUUUAUCUUUGGUUUAACUUUUAUUUUCCUUUGUUUUAAACUCGUUAUCAUACAAUGCACAUUACCAUACUUCAAAACAAACGGACAUAAAAUGUAGGCUAAGUAUAUUUAUUGAACCACGACAUCAACACCAACCAAGCAGGCUUGUCUGCUUGCUUUAUUUAUUAGUGAAAUCUGAUCAAGUAUUUCUGAUUCUUUUUUUGUACAGUACAUGUAUGAUUUUCUGGAUGCCAUGAUAACACAGCAAACAUCACCAGAGGAGGUUUGUAUCAGAAAACUGCCGCAAUCUACAGUUUAUUUAUCUUUAUUUAACCAACUGCCUCACUUAAGUGGAAGUUGGGUGCUGGGAUACCCAGGGGCUUCCACUGUGGCCAGCCAGCCCCUAGAUAGAAUACCGCCCCCAUGGCUGGCAAAUCCCCCAACCCAACCAUGAGCCCCCAUUCCAGGCACCUGUCACACUGAUGAAACAGUGGAAGGAAGAAAAAUAAGGAAUGGUGAAGACGCUAAAUGAACUGCUCCACAGACCACUGCACAAACGCUCAACAAAGAACUCACAGAUGCUAGCAGUGUACAAAGCUACCAUGUACCAUGUAAGCCUGCACUUAUGGGAUUGACUGCUGGAUGCCCGCUAAGCUUGUGGGCUGCUUGACCUCUAAGCUUGUGGCCCGCUUGAUCGCUUAAUUAACUUGUGUACUGCUAAACUUGUGGACCGCUUAACCGCUAUGCUUGUGAACCACUUGACCGCUAAGCUUGUGAACCGCUUGACCGCUAAUUGUGAACCGCUUGACUGCUAAGCUUGUGGACUGCUUGGUCACUAAGCUCGUGGUGGUUAACUCAGUUAAAUUACGUUUAACCAAAUUUAUCGACUACAGUACAUAUUUCAAGGAAGUAAUCCAAUACUUGCUAUUGUCAAUUCAAUCUGGUGUUCACUUGAUAGAUGUCUUUAACGGUAGAAAUUAGCGAAAUACAAUUUACUUUAGUGUCUGCGUCUGCUUAAUAGAGGUGUUGUUUGAAUAGGGGUUUGUUAUAAAGAGAACGAUAGGACAUUAAUUUCGGUACUCAGCUUUAUAGUGUCCGCUUAAAAGAGGGUGUCCCCUUAAUUGGGGGUCUACUUAAUAGAGGUUUCACUGUACAAAAUUUGCAAACAUAAUAAGUAAACUGUAAGCAUUAAUGUUAAUUUGGAUUAUUUAUGUGAAUCUUCGUUUCGUGAUUGGUUAUGACACAGUUGUUCUUAGUUUGACCCACAAAAGAAGGUUUAUCCACAAUUUUUAAAAAAGUCUUUGAUUUGUAAAUGAUUUAUUUGAUUAUAAUUUCAUAGGCUUAUCGAAAGUUAGAUGAUAUGGCCACAAAACAGACAGAAACCUUAAGGAAACUAACAAAACAGGUUAGUGGUCUGUUUGGUUUAGUUUUUUAAAGAUAAAUCCACAGGAGUUUUUGUGAUGUAUACCUAGAACUCCUUUGCUGAAGUGUUGCAAUAAGAAGGGAGUGAAUAGAUAUCAAGGUUCCUGCUAAGAGCUUAAGCCUACACAUUCAAAGUGUGUUGUUUUGAAAGCCUUUUUUCCAUAAAGGUAGAAGAAGAGGAUAUUAAGAGUAUUAUAAUGUUUGCUUUCCUGAGGAAUAGAAAAAAUUGGGGUUAAUUUCUCUAUGUUUGAGUGAAUCAAACUUAAUGUUUCUAAAGCUACUAAGCAAACACAUAACAUCAUGUUUCUGAGGAUUUUAUUUUAAACUGAUGAAGUCAAAAAAGCCAUAAAUGUCGUUUGUGGAAAAGCUUAAUGUACAACCGAGCCAGUUAUUCCAUGCAUGCAGUCUGCAACACAAACAGAGGAUGGUAAACUUGUGCGAUACAAGCAUAAAUAGGUUGUUCAUAGCAUCAGUCAUUAUUUAAUAAACAUUUUUGAAUUAUUCCUUUUUUAAUACAAUGUACUGUGCUUAAAGGUUCAAGAAGCAAGACAGAAUCAUGAUGACGACACUGUUAAGAAAGCUGUGAAUGAAUACGAUGAAGCUCUGGAAAGGUACCAACAACAUUGCUUGGCUUAUUGAUUUCUUUCUUUCAUUCAUGCCGGUCCUGUUUCUUCUCCUUUUCCUUUCCCUCUUAGCCCUUACCCACGACUACCUUACGCCCUCUCCACCUCUUUCCCUUCCCCCAGGUACUUUUAAUUCUUCUCCUUAUCCAAACCCUACUGCUCCCUCCCUGUUUCUAUUCUCCCCUCAUCCCCUUCUUUUCUCUUGUCAACCUUUCAUUUUCCUCUACCUUCUCCUCUCGCUCCGCGCGUUCUUCCUGUUCUUUGAACCACUCAAAGUUACUGCCCUCCUCCAGGACCUCCCAUCCCCUUCUUGAUUGCAGAGGAAGUAUUUCUCGGAAUUUUCAAGGUUAUCUGUCAAGAGCUAGGACAAACGAUUUUAUGAUGUUUUUGUUGUAGGUACAUCCCUGUGUUGAUGUCUCAAGCGAAAAUAUACUGGGAUCUUGAUAAUUACGCACAGGUUGAAAAGGUAAAUGAUAAAAGUGCUCUUUUUUGGAAAUUGUCGUUGGUCGCUUGUUUUGUUUUGUUUUCAAAAAAAAAAAGAUCCUCAACUACCGAUAAGACCCUUUACAUGUAUCUCUUCAGUCACGACUCACAUCAUCCCCAAGCUUAUAAAUAAUCGCACAAUAUCGCAGGCACGUUUUUUUUGUAAACUCAAACAUCCUUGUUUUUUCUGCAGAUAUUUAGAAAGUCUGUCGAGUUUUGCAAUGAACAUGAAAUUUGGAAGCUAAACGUGGCUCACGUAUUAUUCAUGCAAGUAAGUAUAGCCGCUUAUACUGCAAACAAUGAUCUGGACAAGCUCAACGAAACAGACCGCGUAAUAAGUUAUCUUCAUUUUUUUCAACAGGAAAAUAAAUACAAAGAAGCUGUUGGUUUUUACGAGCCAAUCGUAAAAAAGCAUUAUGACAAUGUAAGUAUGUAUUCAGUUCUUCUUAAAGUGUAACUAACCUCCAAAAAUGUUCAUCGUAAACGAAAUCUCCUAAUACCUGUGCGAAAAAAAUUAUAGUAAUUAAAAAAAAACCGCGUUCCUCAGCUGUUUUCUGUUUCAUUACCUGAGCAUUUGUGGGAGCUGGGUACGAACGUUGUUGUGACGUCAUCUAAGGAGACCAUUUGCCGUGUUUUCAUGAGCAUCUAACCAGGAAUCUAGAUAGGUGAAGGUGUUUUACACGAGUGGUACAUAAAAGCGAUCAAAAUUCAAAGAGAUAUGUCUUCUAGUCAAUUAAAUACUUUGAACAGGUUUGAAACGUUGGCGGUGUGCGGACAUUCAUGCGUGCUACCAACAAUGUCUUAAAAACUAACUAAUUCUAUGCAUGAUGUCAAAUGCUUAAUUCUGUACGCAAACUGAAAUUAAUCGAUGUCAAGAAAAAAUAGCCCGUGAGAAGUCUUCUUUCUUUCCUCACGGCCCCUCGCGCAUGCUCCCUAUCUAUAAAAUAAGAAACUGCUCGCGGUGUGUGAAAAAAAGUCUCUUGUCUUGAACAGGUUUGCGAUAUCAACGGUUUUUGCCUUAAACGCGGUCAAGUUUUGAAGGCGUCGGCAGCACUUCCCCACCCGAAAUACCCUUGGGGUGGGGGGGGGGGGGAAUUAAGAAACUGCGCGCGGUGUGUUAAAAAAAACUCUUGUGCUUGAAAAGGGUUUGCAAAUCACCGGUUUUUGCCUUAAACCGGGACAAGUUUUGAGGGGGGCGCCACCGCUUCCCCACCCCAAAAGCCCUUGGGGGGGGGGGGGGGGGGGAAUUACAUUUUUUUACGAGUGAAAUUCAGCUAUUAGAUCAUAUUAUCUGAAACAGAUGCUUCUGAUGAAAUGCUAUGUCCAUCAUUGCAUCGUGUCAUGUUUUUCAGAUUCUUAGUGUUAGUGCCAUAGUGCUAGCCAAUCUCUGUGUGUCCUACAUCAUGACAAGUGCUAACGAAGAGGUAAGUAUCGUGGUGUUUGUUUUUUGCCAAGUAAAUCAGUUAUUUCAUGUUUGAAUAUUAUUGUUCUUUCCUUUUGUUUUGCAGGCCGAGGAAUUAAUGCGAAAAAUUGAAAAAGAGGAGGUGAGGACAUGGUUUUCUUUCUUGUUAGAAUGAGUGAGUUUAUGAAUGAUCACUGAAAGAACUGUAUUUCAUGUUAUAUUUCUGUGUAUGACGCUGUCUUUUUCAGGAACAAGUUGCGUAUGAUGAUCCGGACAAAAAGAUUUACCAUUUGUGUAUAGUGAACCUUGUUAUCGGGUUAGUGAUGUGAUCAGUUUUUGUGCAAGCUAUACAUUUUCACAUCUUUUCUCUGCUUUUAAAAUUAUCUUUUUCUCUCUUUAUUAGGACAUCGUAUUAUAAGCAAUAUGGCUUUGCCAGAAAGUCUGUUCAUAAACUGUCUAUUUUCUCUUUAGAGAUCGUAAUUUGAACCACGGGGAACUUUUCAACCGCCAGUGGAAAGGGGUUUGGGUAGUUGACGCGCUCGGUUAAUUUCUUCCCCUCCCCACCCCUCACCGCCGCCGGGUUGACGAGAGCUUUUGAAUUUUCAUGCGGUGGCCAAUGUAUGUAAUCUAUUCAGUUUCCGCUUUUCUCUGUAUUGGUUCUUAAAGUAAGGCGAACUUUCUCUGCGUGCCAGAAAGCAAGUUUGCAAUGUUUGAUAAAAUUACUUAAGAGAUUGCCAUUUAAAACUACUCUAUUUUUCUGCUGCUGUAUUUCUAGAACCUUAUAUUGUGCCAAGGGAAACUACGAGUUUGGAAUAUCCAGGAUAAUGAAGAGCCUGGAGCCCUACAAUAAAAAGGUGUGAUUCUUUUGUUACAGUUACAUGGUACAUUUACCAAACUUUGAACAAACAACUAUUACCUUAGCUUCCGCCCAACUUACCUUAUCCCUUGUCAGUCACUCAAGUCAAGGUGUGGUAGAACUCAUUAGCCUGCGUGGGACACGCGCGUGCCUCCGACAGUCUCCAGGGAAUGCUUGAAGACUACGCGAGUGGCGUUCGAGUUAAUAGGAGAAUCUCCUUUGCUGGUUAAUUUCACUCGUUUGCGUUGCUUUUUCUUCUGUCCAUUGUAGCUUGGAACAGAUACGUGGUUUUACGCCAAAAGAUGCUUUUUGUCGCUGCUAGAGAACAUGGUAAGGAGCACUGAAAUGAUUAUUUUAAAAAACUCUUGUGAGUCUUUAUUCACGGCUAAUAAUAGCCUCCGACGCAUAGUGCUAAGGCUUCGUCACGCGUUCCUCCCUCACAUUCGGUUGGGAGGAUGAGGUGACGGGCCAAUCGAACGACCCCUAUCAGUUGAAGCUUAGUCUGCUACACAGCCGUUUUUAGUGUCGUCACGCAACGCUCUUCGACGCGCGUUACUGUGGCCAUCGUCAAGCAGCGCUCUGUCUAGCCGAUUCCAAGGUAGACUACGAGUAGUCCCCAGUUUUCCUCACGGAUGGUAAAGCGAGCGAAACGCGAGCGCGCGUUAAAAUCACCCUACGCCUUUCUCGCGUGGGGUAAUUUUCACGUGCGCUCGCGUUUCGCUCGUUCUACUACCCCUGAGGAUGUUUGUGAUGCAUCCAGCCGCGUGCCAAUCUCUGGCCGUCACAAAAGACAGUAGCUUUCGCCUUGUGCUUUAAUGCUAGAUCACACAUCUUUGCCCAUUUUUUCAAUAUAUAUAUUUCUGUCAUUUUUGUGUGUUCUUUUUUAAGAGAAAUCGCCCGUCUCAUUUUCUUCAGUGUAGUAUCGUCUGCAACAACAACACAAGAACAACAACACAAAACUUUAUUUUCUGUUUUCCUUUCAGGCUAAGCAUAUGAUUAUGUUGCGAGAUAGUGUCAUACAGGAUAUCAUUCAGUUCUUGGAGCACUGUGAAGGUAAUGACUUGGGGUAGGAGCUUAUCAGGAGCUCCAGCCCGAGGGGUACUGCCAUAUAUGGGCAAUGUAUAUGUGAAGGAUAUGGUUGUAAAGUACCCGCGGGGUAAUGACCAAGUCUGGACAAACAUAAUCUGUGAGCAAUAAUAAUAAUAAUAAUGAUAAUGAUAAAGGUCUUUAUUAAUACUUCAUUGCGCAAACAGACGUGCAACAAUUUACAUGGCAAUAAAAUAAAUAAAGGGAAGCGAAAAAAUACAUAAGGAAAACGACUACAUAAAUAUUAGUUACUAUUAAAGAGACACCUAUUAAUAAAAACUGAUUUAAAACGACUUGUACGGACAUUAGGUAAAAUAUAAUUUUGCGACCUAGUUCUCAUCAGCCUUGUUCUCUGGGGAGUUAAAAGAUCGCUCAACGCAGUGUUGGUGGAAGAGAUCCUUCGCCAUAACUUCAUAUCUCUGUUACGACGAAUGUCCAAGAUACUGUGCUGCUUUAAGCAGUAACCUAACUUGUAACACCUAACAAAGAGCUUAUCAAUUCUACUUAAAUAGUUACUAUAAAAAGCACACCCCAGACCUCAAUAGCAUAUGUGAACACUGAAGGGGUCAAACUUUCAAAAAGUAAGUCCAAGGAAGCGCUCCAUUUGAAAGUCGCGAGAGUCGAAGAUCACGUGCGAAGGAGCCGCGAAAGAUAAUGGCGAAGAGAAGAAGGAAAGGUCUAUCUCUCCAGUCUUUCUUCUGCCCUUGCGCUUUGCUUUCGCUUGUAGCCUAUAAUAGGCGUCCAGAUAGUCGGAAUGGCGCAAAGAGAAGUAAGCAGGAAACAAAAAGAACUAUGUGGGUUGGGGUAGGGAGGGUAGGUGAUCUCUCCCUUUGUUUGUCUUUUUUUUUUCUCUGCUUACGCGACACUCUCCGCUAUCUGAACGCCUGAAUCAGGCUAGCUUCGCUUGUGACUUGCGCGUGACCCUUUGCUACCCGCGAUUGUCAAAUGUCGAGCUUGCUUACAGGCAAGGACAAGCAAUCCUUCGGGCUUUCAUACACUCACUUUCCUCCCUCUCCCCUUUUUUUUUUCAUAGCUAUGUGUAUUCCGACCAUGCAAGUUAUAGGAGAGCUUCUCGGAAGCCAGAUUUUGCGCCGAAGAAUAUUUAAUUUAAUUAGUCAAUUCAGGAUAUUAUUACAAAGAGAAUUAAGAUUAUCGACAUUAUUUUGAUGAUUACUGUCACUUGAGUGAAAGUUUCCCUUUCUUGAUCCUUUUAUAGAUGAGCGUUUUACUUGUACCAUAUAGUAAACUCCCGUUCACGCUGCAUUCUUGACGACUAUCAUUAAAGUUAAUUUUCUGUUUACUUUGCAGUUUACGGCAAGAAUGUAGCAGCAGUUGUUGAACAGCCCUUAGAAGAAGAAAAGAUGCACCCUGGAAAAAAUACUGUUACCUACGAGGCCAGAGAGUUAAAGAGCCUUUUUCUUCGCUUGGUUUAAACUAGUGUCAUAUAUUCCACUGAUCAAAACUGACUGAAAAGGCGCGAAAAAAAUAGAUCACCUGCGUGCAGGUCGCCGUGGCACGUAGGCCAGAGAAAAGCAACUUUUGUAUUGUACUGCUAAAAAGACGUUUUAGUUGCAUUAAUAGAGCGUUUUCAUGAUCACAUGACGUCACGGCGGCCAUAUUGGUGUUCCAAAACAAUCAAACGGCGGCCAUCUUGGUCUUUCAAACCUAGCCUGUGGAGUUUAACUCGUUUCUUAUGUGUGUAAAAACUUUCUUUUGUUCCAAUAAAUUAGCAUAGAUGCCGGCCACGUGAGUGAAAACGCUGUUUCUAUAAAAAGUAUUGAAUCAGCAACAACCAAGAAAGCAGACCUGUUAUGUUCCGUUGUAUGUUUUUGUCUUUCAGCAGUUAAGAAUCUAUGCUUAAAACGUUUGCAACGACGGUAGAGUCGCUUGUUGUAAAUAUUUGUUGUAUCUAAAUGUAAAUAUUAAAAUUAUGACGAUGAUCUACUAGACGCCUACUCUCAAAUAAACGCCUCUUAUCUAAU